AGCUCGUGGGCAGCUCGGAAAGAGGUGGUGUGUCUUGAGAGCCAGCUAGCCGGGCCGCGUGGCUUCCCAGUCCCCAGCCUUCGUCGUCGUUUGUUUGCAGCACCGUGAGACCUGCCUCUCUCCACUCCCAACUGUUCCAGUGUUUUUAGUCGUCCCAUGAUCGUCGACUUCUUCCCCGUCACGAUAGGUGGACCAGCCAGCAUUGAUGUCACGACAGACAGAGGACCAACAGACGUUUACUGCUGCCUGAGCCUGACAGUGCAUCCACGGUGCAGCGAGCGUACCUGCCGUUGGUCUAGCUGCUCGCUCAGCUGUUGGCUGCAUCAUCUGCAGCUGGUUCCUGCGCCUCCUGGUCUCGCCUGUUCCGCAUCUGCAUCUCCUGCACGCUCAGCUGCGACAGGCCGCCACAUGCACUCACUCGGGGCUGACGGCGUGGCCCUGGGUGCUGCAGCUACUACUGCACACGCAGAUGUCGAGAUGAUAGUCUUUGUAGCCAUCAUGUUGCUCAAGGUGCCAGCAUCUUUUGGACUGGUGACAUUCUUGCUGAAAGAAGGAUUACUGAAAUCAACAGCGAAGAAGCAUUUGUUAGUCUUCUCAGUAUCUGCACCUCUUCUUGCCCUCCUGAUGUUCUUCUGUCUUGGUCAAUUGCAGAACAAUGUAAGUGGUGCUUCGUGUGAUCGAUGUAAGGCCAGCUGGUUGCAUCAGCUGUUUCUGCAAGGGGUAACCAGCCAGUGCCAGAUCUGCAGGCUGUACAGGGACCAGAAAAACGCAAGAAUUCAAACUUGUCAGAACCUCGAGCAGACUCGAGCCAAUCACAGAUGGGAUCCACAUAGAUGUGACAUCCCGGGAGCUCGUAUUCCAGGACUUCUCCAGGCAUCUAGAUGUGUACUCCUGGCAGCUGGCAAACUUACUUCAUACUGCGGCCAGCUCAAGUACACGCGCCCGGGGGACAGAGCUCUCGCAACAGCUACCCCUGUCAUCGAACUCAUCAGUUGUGAAGAACUGCAAGACUGGAUGGAUUUAUUCUUUUCACCAAGUGAGAUAAUUAAGUUCUAGGUAAUAUAUUAAAAUGUAAGCAUCUCUGACAUUUUAUUUUAGUGUGAUGUAUAUUUGUUUCUGGUCAUUUCCAUCAUAAUGAGAUAAUAAAUUUUUAUUUUUAAAUUUCCCUCUUUAUUUUUUUUUAGCCCUGGUCCCUUGAAAUAUGUAUAAACGUGGUUAUAUUGUUAUUUUAUUUGGAUCAUUAUUUAGUUGAGCUUGAAAAUAAAAUUCUUAACCUAACCGUACAAACCUCUUUUUUACAAUUAAUUAAUGGAGUUUAUAAUGUAAGGUAUCUAAAGUUGGUUAAGUUAUAACAUUACUUACAAUUUAUAAGACAUCUUUGAUUGUGUUUGAACACGUGUUUUGUCUAACUAUAUGCAAAGUUAAAAGGCCAAAUUGUGCUAGAAAUUCAGGGUAGCAUAACUUGAUGGUAAUGAACAUACUUUUUAACAUUAUAUAAGCUGUAUAUAAUGUUAAUUUCUGCACAGAAACUGAAACACAACGCAAUUACAUUUUUAAAAUCAUAAACAACCUUUUUUUUUUGUGAGUAUAUUACUCUGUUGAACAUUGUCAGACAAAAAUUAAGGAAUCGGAUUCGAAGAAUCGACCCUUUAAUUUAAGAAUCGAAAAUGGAAUCGGAAUCUGUAUAUUUUAGGAAUCGGCCCAACACUAAAUUUUUUACAUUAUGACAAAAAUUAUUGUAUUUACAGUGAAACCUCUUUAAUACAAACCUGAAGGGACCAAGAAUUUUGCAGUUUGUAUUAACGAGGUUUGUAUUAACAGGUGCAUAUGCUCACAUUAAUAAUAAUCGACAAAAUCAAGUAUGGAUUAUUAACUCAAAAAUUAGUCAAAUGGAGAAUUAAAGAGGCUUGAAAAAUUCAUUGAUUUUUUUCUGCACUUUUUUAGUUGCAUAAAUGUCCUUUACUGCACUGCAAAGUUUGUCGAAGGAAGACAAGACAUCAGUGUCUACAUCACUAGCAGCCAGAACAUUUUCCAAGACAAUUAAUGCUAAAGUGGACUUCACUCUAAGAAUUUUUAAAAAAUAUUUCAACCUCAAAAUUAGUGUCAGAAAUAUAUCAGUUACUUGUCAUUAAAGUUAAAUCAGUUGAAAAAUAAAUAAAAAUGGAAGUAUUUUACUUAAUUCAAUUUACACUUGCAAAAAAAAAACAUACGCACAAUAAAUCUACAUGGAAAUUAAAGUCUUUUUCAAUAUCCUGAAGUCUGAAAUAUGUUUACUCAUGUCAUCAAAUGUAGAGCUGUACUGAAGAAGCCGAUUUUGCCAAUAUUUAGUUGAAUCUGCAUUUCUGCCGACUUCCGAUACGCUUGUUAAUUUUCGGCCGAUAUUACUGAAAAACGAGAGAGACUGCCAUAACCUAAAAAUCCACGAUUACCCUUUUCGCUUUUCGUAGUAGUACUGCAUUUUUUCAGAUCGCAUUAUUUCUUCGCAACAUGUGCCAAACGUACAUAUAAAAAUUUAACAUCCUAUUUUUCAAUAAUGUUCUUUAUUUUUAAUAUGUCAUAAAUAAAUACAUUACCGUCACAGUAAAUAUACAUCUCAGUUGUUACGGUAACUGUAGUGCAAAUGUGGUAGCUAUCGUGCUUCUGUAGUAAUUAUGGUAUCGACAAAGAAUCUUUAGUUCUUUUUAUGGUAAUUAUCUUAGGAUAACAAUUGGGUUUGUACUGUAGUUAUGGUACAUCAUCCAUAUUUCUUCGUAAGUUGUUGUUCAUUUGUCUUUUCAUAUUUACGUGCUCCAUUACUUGGCUGCAGAUUUAAGUUGAUUUUUACUACUGUAUACUAUCGUUACUGUUUUUAUGACGGUUUCUUUCUAAGAAAUGGUUAUUUUUGCAAAAUCUUUAUGGUUAAACGAUCAUCUAUUAUAAUUUAUAGUGACAGGACCACAUUUUGUACGAUCAAUGCGGACAAAACGAUAAUUCGAACAUCGGUACAAGCGGACUUUUUUAACCUUAGUUGUAUGGCAAUUUUGCCGGGACCGUAGAAAGUAUACGAUAAACACGGACAAUCGAUACAUGCGAGUUCGAUAGAUAGAGGAUUGACUGUAUACCAUUUACCGUACAAAUUAUUUGCCGUUAACAGAAUUAUAGCUUUGAAUAUAUAUACUGUAUAGAAGUCGCCAGCCCAGGUUAAAAUUUCUAAUACGGUUUUGAGGUAGUUGGUUAAUUCAUUGCCGCAAUUGCCACCAUCUCUAGGGCAUCGACUAGUGGUGGUCCCUAGCGGACAAGUGUCGAACUCUUCAAACACCCCUUCCCCCUCUCGUAGAACGACCUUGAGCUGCAGGGAAUGAUAGAUAGGGGGUGCGGGGAAUGACAGCGGGCGACAGUGCUGCCCUCUAACGUGUAAAUAACAACUAAGACGAUACAGGGCUUUACGGCAGCGCACUGCAGCGGUGAAGUUCCCAAGCUGCCUAUCAUGCGCUUCUGAAAAACGUAGAGUAAAUCCUAUCCACUCGCGACUUCUAUACAGUAUAUAUAUUCAAAGAUUAUAGUGAAGCUGUGUGCACGUGAUUAAAGUGUGCGAUUCUUGUUCUAAAAUUUCAUUCGGUUUAUCCGAUAAUAAAACAAUAGUACACUACGUGAGCGGACGUGAGGUUACUUCGUAAUACAUAAUAACGAAUAUUUCGUAUUAACCGUAUUGAUUGACAUUAAAUAUGCUAUCCCAGUCUGAAGGGGAAUUAAAAGUGUUCGAAUAAACGCGAACUUUGAAAUAACCGGUAUUUUAUUAACGAGGUUUCACUGUAUAUUAAUUGGCCUAUCUUAAGCAUGAACUAAACAUGACCUAUUCCUAUCUGUGAAAACUAGGCAAAUUAUGUGGUUAGGAAUCUGAAAGAUGUACGUACUAGCAAAACUGCCAUAUCAAUGUAGCAGUUGUAUGCUUACACGUGUGUAGUGGUUGCUAACACAUUUUAAUUAUGUGGUUUCAAAGCCACAUAAAUGUAUUUUCUUUAUUUUACUUUCAACAGCAACAUGUGUUCUCUUUCACUCCAUGGUCCGCUCUGUGAAUAUCAGGUUAACAAUAUUUUGAAUGUUAUUUUAUUUUGGCAAUUUUAAAUAUAAUUUAUUUGUAGUAAACUAAUAUUUUGUCAUAGUUUUUUUUUGUUUUCUAUUAGUAUAUGCAUUAUUUUAUUUCAUAUAAUAUACUCAUCUUUUAGUACUGGAAUCUUUCCAGAAUAUCCCCAAACUGCAAGAACUAUUUCUUUGCAUAAUAAAUGUAAUAAAUCUAAUAUUUAUAAUUAUCGCCUGAUGGCAGUUAUGUCUAGUUUUGCAGUAACAUUUGAAUACUGGGUAAAAAUAAUAUGUAUAAAAAUUAUACAAUACUAUCAAAUUUACAACACUUAAAAGCAUUGAAACAACUUUUGCUGAUUUUCUAUAAGAGAUAUACUUACAAGGCAAUUAAUGAUGAAUCGCUUGGAAUUUCUGUAAAUCAUCUGCAUUUGACAUGAUUGAUCAAAAAAUUAUGAAAUUUAGCUGUGAAUAGUAUAAAAAGCAUACAAAUUAUAACAGUCUUAUCUUAAUGACACGAAGCAUAUUAUAUAGAUUUUGCUGACCCUGAAUGAUUGAUUGGGUCAACAUUGUCAAUUUUGAUAUCCUAACAACAAAUACUAUAGGGGUUGUCCAAGGAAGCAUUGUCCUGUCCUAUUAAUGAUAUACAUACGUGAAUGAUGCAGAAGAAUCAGUAAAAUUAAGAAUCUCAGUUUAGCGGAUGACUCCAACAUAAUGUUUAAAAAACAAAUAUUCUCAAACGUAAAGAAAGUUUGUUUUAGAUGCUAUUCAGAAGAUUUACAAUAAACUGUAACAGAUUUGGUAGUUAAUCUAGUAAGGAAGUUAAGAACAGUUCUGUUCUUUAGCCACUGUUUUUUCAAUCCUUGCAGUAUUGGUUGGUUGUAUAUAAAGUAUUAUUUCAGUCUGGCAUGUUUUGAUAGCUGGGUACACUAUAGGCUUAUAUUCAUUACUGUGACAGGACGAUACAUGAUCUUUUUAUCUUUUCACAAUAAAGUUUGUAGGCUACAAAAUUCAAAGCAGAUGAAUUCAUACACAAAUGAUUAAAAAGCAGUCACAACUAUUUUAUUUCAUAAAAGUUUGUAACAGUUUGAUUUUGCUAACCUCUUGAAUUACUGUACAAAAUGUUUAUCAAACUACAAUCCUGUCAAACACAAUUUCAACUGCUAAAAUUUACACUCUGUGCUAUCAUGUAAGUACUAUCUAAAAAAAAGUUGAACAUAUCAAUGUUGAACCUAUGCUAUGAUGUUAACAGUUAAAUGAUUUUAACUAUUUACAAUUUUUAUUCUUCUGAUGUCAUCUUUGAAAGAUACCAAAAAUUCUUCUUGGCUGGAUUUGCUUCUUAUCAUUUGAUGAAACAUUGGAACUGCAACUUUCGUAAUCACUGGUGUUCACUUGAGAACGUAGUUCUUGAGCUGAGAGCUUGUUCUUCACUUGGUCAUCUAACAGACAUUGCACAUCCAUCUGAAAACAAAACAGUAUAUCAUCCGUUUGAAAUAAAUUUGCUGUGACUAAUAGUGCCAUAAAUUAGAGCACAUAAGGCUUUGUAAUACAUGUAAUUAAUUAUUUUCGAACAAGAGCUUCAAUAAGAACGACACACUAAAGACGGAAGUCUACGAAGUAAAUUUUAUCAAAGGGUCAGGUAUGAAAAAAAUUAAGUAGGAUAUUUUAGCUCAAAUUUUUAUACAGCCACAGAACAGUUGAAUAGCUGAUUUACAAUCAUUCACAAGAUUUGAUUUGACAAGUGUUUAACGCAGAGUGAGUAGGAAAUCAAAUAAAUAUGUAUAGCUAAAAUAAUAAAAAAGAUAAAUAGUUAAAUGACAUCUUUCAAGAACACAAAAAAAAAAACUACAAAAAUGUUUAGGCACUGCCCUCUCAUUUAAAAACCUUUUACAAAGCCUGAUCUCCACUCUAUGAAACUUAAUGAUGACAUGUUAUAAUGGGUUUUGCCGUAGUGCAUCUUCCAUUAUGUAUGAAAAUAUAAAAUAAUAAAAGAGGGAGUAAGUACAUAAUAAUUUUUUGUGUGAGGGGUCUCAAGACCACAGUGUACCCAGAUCACAGUCAAUAGUAGCUCGAGUGAUUUGCCACCAGGCAUUCUUGUCAGGUCAUGUUUGGCUAAUAUUAACUCCAGAAAGUGACCUAAAUGUGUUUGUUGCCAUGAUAAUCAACAGGAGAAGGGUGACUUCAGCGGGACUGCUAAUAGGGGCAUUGACUACACCAGUUAACAGCGAGCACUGCAGUCUCACCUGGCACAGAAGGGGCUUG